AUGGAGGAAAUCGAUGGCAAAAUGAACUGGAAUAAACUGAUGAUGAUGAUGAUGGAAAAACUCACGGUGUCGAGAUUGCAGCUUCGAGAAAAAUUGGAGCUCGACCAAAUUAUUUUGUGCAACUUUCCUUCGACCUUUACUCCAGUAGCACUUAAUUUCAACGGAAAUCUUCUGCGACGCGGCACGAUUUACUUCAACAGGAAAGAUCAAUGUUUAGAAAUCAGUGAUUUGCAAAUCCCUCUGGACACCAGCGAUUUUGAACUGGCAUUCGUCCGAGACCUGAAAGCUGCUAGUUCUGUUGAGUGCCCUGUUUCAUAUUUGAAUCGAAAUGACGCUGGGCAAAUAGAGCAAGCGGCCUGUCUGGCUCCCUGCGUGUGGGAAAAUAAUUUCUGCUCGCUGCCAUCGCUGGAGGAAUAUGGCUACACCGUCAACGGACCUCAAGAGCAAACAGAAUUUGGUUUCAGGGUGCCACUGGCCAAACUGGGAUCUUCAAUUUACGGGCAAAGCGUGCAAAACGUUGCCGUCGAGAUUUUCCAGUACACCGACCAACUGCUCAGAGUUAAAAUAUAUGACCCGAAUGUCGACCGCUAUGAAGUUCCCAUUCCGCUGAAUCUUCUCUCCGUGCCGCUCUCUGAUCCGCUUUACGAGGUAUCCGUUCCUACGCAGGUUGGCGACGCUUUUUCGGUGCAAAUCACCCGCCGCUCAACGGGAAGCGUUUUGUUCGACACUUCCCUCGCGGGCAUCACUUUCGAGGAUAAAUUGCUCACUCUGGCCUCACGCCUGCCUUCGAGAAAUUUAUACGGUCUCGGCGAAAACCAGCACUCGACUUUUAGGCGCCUCUUCGACGACACCACCUGGCCGAUUUUCUCGCGCGACGAGCAGCCAAAUACAAGCAAAGUAGCAAACUUGUAUGGUGUUCACCCACAUUAUGUCGUUAUUGAAGGUGAUGGCAGCGCUCACGGAGUUCUCUUGUACAACAGCAAUGCAAUGGAAUACCAACUGCAGUCCGCAGCCCCAGCCAUUAACUGGCGAACAAUCGGCGGAGUUCUCGACUUCUACAUCAUGCUCGGUCCCCACCCUGAGGAUGUUACCAAGCAGUACCUGAGUCUGGUAGGAAGUCCAUUUUUGCCCCCGUACUGGGGCCUUGGCUUCCAGCUCUCCCGCUGGGGCUACAACGAUCUGGACACAUUGAAGGCUGCUAUAAACCGCACUCUCUCGUGCGAUUUUCCCCUGGACGUGUUUUAUGGAGACAUUGACACGAUGGACCAGAACGCCGACUUCACUUACGACCCUGUGAAUUUCGCCGGAUUCCCUGAGUACAUCAAUGAACUGAAGGCGCUCGGCAUUCGCUACGUGCCGAUCGUCGACCCCGCCAUCCCUGACCGCCAAGGGUACGGGCCAUACGCACGCGGCAAGACUGCCGACGCUUUCAUCAAACUGGCCAACGGCUCCACUCUCAUGGGAAACGUGUGGCCACCCGAGCCGGUCAGCUUCCCUGACUUCUUCAAACCGGAAACGCAGCUUUGGUGGGCUGACGAGAUCGUACGAUACUACGAAACGAUCAAAUUUGACGGACUCUGGAUUGACAUGAACGAGCCUGCAAACUUUGAGACAAACCAACCCAACUUCCUCAAUUGCGAGGCAAACGAAUGGGACGACCCUCCAUACUUGCCAAAGGCAGCUUGGAUCAACCCAGGGAAGAGAAUGAGCGACAAAACCGUGUGCAUGACGGCAACCCAGAGCGGCUACAGACAAUAUGACGUGCACUCUUUGUAUGGGUGGUCGGAGACAUCUCCCACGCUUAAUGCAAUGCAGCAGGCGACUGGAAAACGCGGACUGGUGUUCACACGGUCUAGUUUCGUUGGCAGCGGAGCUCUCGGCGGUCACUGGACCGGAGACAACAUUGCGGCAUGGGACCAUCUGCAGUCGUCCAUUAUCGGACUCCUGGACUUCAAUAUGUUUGGAAUUCCUUAUGUUGGUUCCGACAUUUGCGGAUUUUCCUUAGACACCGAAGAAGAACUUUGUGAACGCUGGCAACUACUUGGAGCUUACUAUCCAUUCUCACGAAACCACAACAGCAUUGGUGCCAUUCCACAAGACCCUUGCAUUUGGCCAGACACCGUGGGUGCUUCUGGCAGGAAAGCUAUGCAGACGCGUUACAACCUGGUGCCCUAUCUUUACACGCUCUUCUACAGGGUAAACACCGGCAUAGACGGCACUGUCGUCAGGUCGUUGGCAUGGGAAUUUCCGGCGGAUCCCUACACCUGGGACAUUAAUCAGCAGUUCCUGUGGGGCAGUUCAUUCAUGGUUAGCCCUGCGACCUCUCCAGGGCAGCUCAAGACGGUCGUGUACUUCCCUCAGGGAAUUUGGUACGACUGGCACUUGGGGAACGUCGAGGUUGACUUGUCAGUUGCUGGCACUUUUAAAGAACUUGAUACCCCGCACGACUACAUUCCUUUACACGUCCGCGGAGAAAGCAUUAUUUGCACACAGGAAAUAGCAUCAACUCUGACUGAAUCACGAAAUUAUCCGUUUGGACUGACGAUUGCUAUUGAUGCCGAUGGAACAGCCGCGGGAGAUCUCUUCUGGGAUGACGGAGAAUCAAUAAACACAGUCAAUCUCGGCCAGUAUCACUACAGCACUUUCAGCUAUCAAGAGGUGGCUAUUAAAUACGACGCCUUGACGCAAACAAUUGUCAAUGAUUAUCAAGCACUGACUGGCCCACUGGUGAUAAACACUCUAACAAUUCUGGGCAACAAAGGGAGAGUUCCUAUUUCUAUUGCGGGCGACAUCAAUCCUGCUUAUUCUAUUGAUUACAUUCAAGAAAACGACAAGAUUGUUAUUUCAGACGCUGCGAUUCCGCUGAAUUCCAACUUUAGCCUUACUUUUAUUUACCUCUGAGCUGACUUGAAAAAUCACUAAUAAAUAUUAUGGAAUAAAUUAGUUUCCCUGCCUGCAACUUACUAUGAUUUUUUGAAUCCUGUAUAAGGUUCAAGUUUUUGUAGCAAAAAAAAUAAUUGAUUUAAGAAAUUGU